CGGCUCAAAAACCAUUGGUAAGCAGACCGAAAACGUUGAUAGUCUUAAAAAUAAAGUUGCCAAGUUGGAGAAGCAAGUAAUUAAUCUGACAAAAAAACACGUGGAAGGAUCUAAGAAACCUGACCAUGUUGUAUACGGUCAGAAGCCCCUUCACCGCAUUCCAAAAGCAACAUCAGCUAUAUUUGGAAAGUCUGGUUGUAGCUGUAAAUCUGUGCGGAGUUGCUCCUCACAGAUUUGUAGUUGCGUGAAGAACAGCAACAAAUGUGGUCUGUCAUGUAAAUGUGACAACGAAAUGUGUCAAAAUCAGAAACCAGAAUAUGAUCAAGAGAAGAAUAAAUUGUGUUGCAACUAG